AUGACUCACCUCAAAUUUGUCACACUCGAUGUCUUCACAACAACGCCUUACUCUGGCAAUCAGCUAGCAGUGGUAUUCCUCCCAGAAGACGACUCAGCCGCUCUAACCCAGAGCCAGAAGCAAACAAUCGCAAGAGAGUUCAAUCUGUCAGAGAGUAUCUUUGUCCACCCAGCACGCGAGAAAAGCAAGCGCGCCAUCGACAUCUUCACCCCAGACUGCGAAAUCCCCUUCGCAGGCCAUCCCACCAUUGGUGCAGCCUCCUGGUUCUUGAGCCACUCAACUGACCCCGCGGAUGGCGAUGGCGUCACCAGCCUCACGACCAAGUCCGGCGACAUCCCUAUCUCCAUCCAGGAUCGCGAGACCAAAUACGUCGCUGCCCAGAUUGCGCACAAUACGCACAUUCAUGCCUCACGGUUUAGCUUGAAAGAGUUGGUUAGGCUGCACCCGACGCUGGCGCCAUUCUUCACGCGGCCGGAUGUCACCUUCCCGCUCUUUUCGAUUGUCAACGGGAUGAGUCAGUUGUUUGUUGAGCUUCCUUCGCUCGAGGCGCUGGCUGCUGUGACGCCUGCGACCGGCGGUGAGCUGGUUUCUGCUGAUUAUCUUGACGAGGGGUGGAGGUCUGGGUUGAUCUGUGUGUACUUCAUUGUUCGGGAUGUUGAGGAUAGUGUCUCAAAAAAGAAGGUCAUUCGGUCCAGGAUGAUACUGGGAACUCUAGAAGAUGCGGCUACUGGCAGUGCAGCCAGUGGGUUGGCGGCGUACUUGACACUUACGGAGGGCAAAGCUGGCCAGAAUCAUCAGUACCAUGUUGUGCAGGGUGUUGAAAUGGGACGCCGGGGUGAUAUCGGUGCUGGGGUCACGUUGGAUGGUGACAGUAAGAUUGAACAGGUUGUGCUGACGGGAACUGCUGUUAGCGUGUCUGAGGGCAAGGUGCUGGUACCUCAGGCCUGA